GAGACUCAGUCCUUUUCGUUACAGCUGCCGCUGGAAGGCUCCACGCUUCUCCUCCUGAGGAAAGGAGCCAUCCAUCUAAAUCGGCUGUUCUCUCCACGUCCCUCGUUUUUUUCUCUGCUAGCGGCCACGGAUACCGCUUCCAUUGUGUUGUCCCUUUUCAGUUUAGCCAGGCAUUCUGCGUAAAACCCUAAUCUCGUUUGUAGCCGGAGGACUUACCCUGAGAAUUUCCGAACCUCGAGUUGCAAUGGAGCUGUACGGAAAGAUGGCUUCUGCCCAAGAUGCCCGGUAUGGCCAGAAAGACUCCUCUGAUCAGAACUUUGACUACAUGUUCAAACUGCUUAUCAUCGGCAAUAGCAGUGUGGGGAAAACAUCUUUUCUAUUCCGUUAUGCGGAUGACUCCUUUACAUCUGCAUUCGUCAGCACAGUUGGCAUUGAUUUCAAAGUAAAAACAGUAUUCAAAAAUGAAAAGAGAAUCAAACUUCAGAUUUGGGAUACAGCAGGCCAGGAAAGAUACAGAACUAUCACCACAGCCUAUUAUCGAGGGGCCAUGGGUUUUAUUUUAAUGUACGACAUCACAAAUGAAGAAUCCUUUAAUGCGGUACAAGAUUGGUCAACUCAAAUAAAAACCUACUCUUGGGAUAAUGCCCAGGUUAUCCUGGUUGGGAACAAGUGUGACAUGGAAGAUGAACGGGUCAUCUCAACCGAGAGAGGCCAACAUUUAGGAGAACAGCUUGGGUUUGAAUUUUUUGAAACAAGUGCCAAGGACAACAUUAAUGUCAAGCAGACAUUUGAACGCCUUGUGGAUAUCAUCUGUGACAAAAUGUCAGAGAGUUUGGAGACAGAUCCGGCCAUCACUGCCGCAAAGCAGAAUACAAGACUCAAGGAAACCCCUCCUCCACCACAGCCCAACUGUGGCUGUUAAUGUCCCCACGCACACAGGCAGCUCCAGGGGGCUACGGUUGCCAACAAACAGCAUUCAUAAAUGGUCUAUAAGCCUUCAUUUAUACUGCCUAAUAAUUAUCUGAAGGAAGCCUUUGAUGUCAAUGGCUCAUAUAUGCAUUCAGUUCUUGGGAGAUUUCCUGUGUUAAUAUGUGGCAAAUAUGUGAUCUUAAAUUUGCAAGGACUAUCUAUCUAUAAACCUCUGGUACUUGCAUGUGACUGGUUAUUUAUUUGUCUUCUAGGCUCUGUUUGUUUUAAAUUUCUUCUCAGUUAAGCUACUGCUAAGACCUCAGACUAUAAUUUCACUACAACUGUCUCUUGUGCCACGGAUUCAAAUUAUGCUAUUCACUUGUAGGAAUAAUGAUCAAGGAAUAGUUUGUGUGUGUGGGUGUGUGCGUGUGUGUGUGAACAGGAGGAGUUAUCACGAGACUUCAUUGCUUUAUCCUUAACUGAAAACCAAGUGGAGAUUUUGCUCAUGAUUAGAGAAGCUCAUGGGUCUGGUCAGUUCACAGGAAAUGUGUCUGUUUUUCACUGUCAUUAAUAACCAAGGAGACAAUUGACUCUAUGAAGAAACUGAAAUAUUAUUUUUAAAGCCCUUAAAAGUUUCCCAAGCCAUUAAUAUUAACUUGACUGUAAGUAGAUUUAAAUAGUGAUCUUAAUUUAAAUAAGCAAAUACCCAACCCCAAGAUUAUUCUUUCCAUUAAUUAUACUCAAUUCUAAAUAGUUAAGAACAUUGAACAGAUCAAGAGAUACCUAUUGAAAGGCAGUUAUACAACAAGCAUCUUAACCUAGAAGGAUAUGCGUAGCUAUAGAAGUCCAAGGCCUGAGCUCCCCCGUUUCCUUAGUGACUUGCUCCACGUAACACACACACUACCAUCACUUUCCAGAACUAUCACCAUCUAAUUCUUGCAAAGGAAUGAUUUUUUGAAAUCUAUGCAGCAUGCUGGUAGCAUAAAUGAAUCAACAGAGAAAAAUAAAACAUAAAGAUCAUUAUGUCAAGGCUUUUUUGGGCUCCUCUUCUCAUAGACUAUAUUAUCUCCAUCAAUACCUUCUGCUCAAAUCUUAGCUAAGUUAUUUUACCUAAUCAGAAACAAUUUAAACAAACUAACAAUGGGUCCCAAGUUGAGGGAAAAAACACUCAUCUCUAAUCUUUUUCAAAUCCAGGUGUUCUUAGCUCUAAAGCAUAUCCCCACUAUGUAAGUCUCUAAAUAUGGUUAGUUUCUAAACACUCUACAAGGGAAUCCUUGGAUUAGUAAACACAAAAGAAUGUUAAUGUUGUGUUAGAUGUCACUAGAAAACACUCUCUGUAACUUCAACUUACAGAUCCAUAGCAAUUUGAGAGAGAGAGAGAGAGGAGGGAGAGAGAGAAAAUGCUAUUAGGACAGCCAGAAUUAUUAUCGUAGAUUUCCUAAAAAACAUAUAUGAAUAAAAACAAGCAACAAAUCCUACCAGCUGUGCUGAGCUUUGGAGGAAACUAGACAUGUGUGUCACUGUCCAGCUAGGACUUUUUUUUUUUGGUGCGGAGGGACAGAUUUUUGCUAUAGGGUGUGUGCAUUCGCCAGA